AUGAAUGCUAAUAUUUCUGAAAUGAGGAAACAGGAGGAUGAGGCAACAAACAGAAUUACCAAUUCACAAUCUAGGCAAGUUCCUUUGCCUAUUAGUACAACUUUUAUUUCUUCAUUGAAUAUAACUGAAUCAAGUAUUUCAGCAGUUCUGAAGAAAAAAAGAGUUAAUGAUUCUCCUCUUGAUUAUUCUGGUGAAGUGAAAGAUAAGCAAUUUAUUGCUAAUUUGCUAAAAGAAGUAAUUGAUGAGUUGGGUCGUCAAAAAGCGAUACAAGUCAUUAUUGAUAAUGCUUCAAAUUGUAAAGCAAAAAAUUUAGAAACUAAUCAAGAAACUUAUGAUGUGUGUCACUCGAUCACUGAAAUCCAUGGGGAUGCUUUGCAAAUCAAGAAUUUUAUAAUGAAUCAUUCCAUGGGGCUUGCAAUAUAUAAUCGGUUUAUCCCUUUAAAAUUGCUUUCAGUUGCUGACACUCAUUUUGCUUCUAUUGUUGUGAUGCUUAAAAGAUUUAAACUCAUUAGGCGUGCUUUAGAAGCAAUGGUUAUGAGUGAUCAAUGGGCACAAUACCAAGAAAAUGACGAAGGCAAAGCUAGAUUUGUUCAUGAUAAAGUAGUGGAUGAGGAUUGGUGGGAAAAUGUUGAUUACAUCCUUACUUUUACUGGGCCCAUUUAUGAUAUGAUCAGAGUUUGUGACACAGAAAAACCAUGCCUUCAUUUGGUUUAUGAGUUAUGGGAUUCUAUGAUUGAAAUGGUAAAUAAAGUUAUUUUUGAUCAUGAAAGAAAGCAAGUAGAUAGGUUUUCUCCUUUCUAUUAUGUGGUUCAUCGAAUUCUUGUUGAUAGUUGGGCAGAGAGCAACACUCACCUUCUUUGUUUGGCUCAUUCAUUAAAUCCAAGAUUUUGUAGUAAAAAAUGGCUUCAAGAGGGAGAAGGUAGAGUGCCUCCUCAUAUGGACGGAAAAGUAUCAACUGAAAGAAUUAAAUGCUUUAGGAGGAUUUUUUCUAAUGAAGAUGAGCAAAUUAGAGUAAAUGAUGAAUUUGUAAAUUUUUCUUUAAGAAGUGGGCCUUUUGCAGAUCCUGAUUCUAUUGGAAGUAUGUAUGCUACAGAUCCCAGGAAGUGGUGGGCAUGUUUUGGUUCCAAUGCACCUUUACUUCAAAAGUUGGCUUUUAAAGUGCUGGGACAAUCUACUUCCUCCUCUUGUUGUGAAAUAAAUUAA